AUGCUACCUCAAAAUAAUAACCCACGUACAAUUUAUAUAAAUCCAAAUUUCAAGGGUACGGUCCAACAACAGCAGCUGCAGCAACCAAAAUGUUUAACCCCUUCAAUAUUGGUGCCACCAUUGUCGUCCACCAGUAUCCGGCCUCCACAAAUACCAGCAAGUGCUCAUAUAAAUCCUCUUUUCUUGGAACGUGCACAAAGACCUACAAUACACAUGAAUCCAAAAUUUCUAUUAAAGCUACAGGAUCAACAGUCAACAAUUGCUGCUGACAAAUCUGUUACACCGGCCAUUCUUCCUGCUUACAUUGGUGCAUGCACAAACACUCUCAACAGGACGACUACUAUAUCGAAUACGGGGAACACGGAAUUUGACAACACACAUGGCUGUGCCGUAAUUCCUGAUAAGCCAACUGGUGCAGCAGUUACUCCCGUUCAAGCAGUAACUAACAAUUCUACGCUAAUCAAACCAACAGCCCCUGAAGUUCGCAAAAUCAUUUGUAAAUCUAAAAAUCGUCUAAUACGUGAACCCUUGUCCUCAGCUCAUAAAUCCCUGCAAAUGAAACCAAUUCAGACAGUGCCAUCCCAACCCCCAAUUGUACAUGUUACCAGACGUAAAUUGAUAAGAAAAUCGGCAAUACCUGAUACUACCAGAACCAGAACCAAACAGACUUUAAAAUUAGCUACAAUACCGGUGGCAUCUGCGAUUAAGACCAAGUAUAAAUUGGAUCAUAGGAUUGUUAAGAAGAAGAUGCCAGCAGUAGCAGCUCCUGCAUCUGUGUUUAAAAUAAAACGCAAAUCGUUUGUGGGAAGAUUUGCUUUGAGAAGAACUUCUACAAGUUCAGCUCAGACCACAAGCAUCUGUAAGAAGUUUGGUCCACCAGUAACAAAGAAUUCGAAUGUUCAGAGCAUGAAUAAAAAACUUCAACUGCUAAAUAUAAAUGGUUUAUUGUAUAAAUCGACACGUAACUCCUUGAAGCUCAAAGACUUGACCAGUAACACUUCAAAUGUGGAAAAUAAAUGCAAAAAACCCACAGCUGCUUCCAAUAGUAAAUUACCCCAAGGUCUUACAAUUUUUGUACGUGGCACCAAAUACAUUAUGGAUCCGCAAAAAUACAAACUAACUCGAGUGACUGCGGCUGGUAAAGAAGUUGAUGAUAGCACCGGUAGCCCCAAUCGCAAGGGUCCAACUCAAUGCCGUCGUAUUGAUAUCGGUGGAUUUACAUAUAUUUCGACAACUUCGAAAAAUAAUGUAUUAAUACGAACGCGCAAUCAUUUGGCUCGGGCCUACGUCAACAAUGCCAAACAGAAGAGUUUGCAAAUAUUAAGUAAAUCCUUGGUCAAAUCGAAUGUUCCAUGUCCGAUAUAUCAGCGUGUUGGGAAAUGUGCAGCAUUUGAGCGGGGUAAAUGUCUUAAGGUCCAUAAUAAACAACAGGUGGCAAUUUGUGCCAAAUUUCUACGUGGUGAAUGUCUGAAUUCCAAAUGUCUGUUGUCCCACGAGGUGUCAUUGUCCAAAAUGCCUGUGUGCAAAUUUUACAUGCAGGGCGUAUGUGUGCGCAAUGAUUGUCCCUAUUUGCACAAAAAGCUAAGUGAUAAUGCCGAAGUGUGUAUUGAUUUCCUACGAGGAUAUUGUCAGUUGGCCGACAAGUGCAAUAAGCGACAUGAAUUUGUUUGCCCCGAACAUGAACGUAAUGGUGUGUGCAAAAUAAAAAAUUGUGUUUAUUGUAAAAGUGCACAGAAACGUGAGAAACAUUUACAAAAAACAUCGGAGCUAUCUGCCAAGAAACAACAACAUGAUAAUAAUGCUGAAGAAUCGGAAAAUUUCUCUGUAAAAGUCACCAAGGAUCAGCAGCAUGAUACAUCUUCCGCGGUACGUUAUUUCACAGGAGGUACAGUUGAUAACAGUACCAACAAUCCGGAAAUGAAAGAAAAUGAUGGGAAUAAAUCACAUGACUCAGUCAAUGAAUCCGACUCUAGAACAGAAGAUGCAAUAAGGAAACGACCAAAAUUGGGUAAUUUGCCAGCAUUUAUACCAUUAUGA